AUGCCACCAUAUCAUCCCACCACAGCGAGGCCCAAUCCGGCCCGCUUGGCCGAGCGUCCCGAUGAGUGCCUCUUCUUCAUCGACGACUCCAACAUCUGGAUCCAUGCGCAAAAGUUCGCCGCAAAGGCAAACGCCCACCGGCCCAAGCUGACUGACAGCGACCAAGACCCGCGCCUGCGUAUCGACAUUGGCCGCCUCGUCACCACGCUUCUCAAGGCCAACGGCGGCAGCGACGCCACCGGCAAACCCAACCGGCACCGCGUCCAGAGCAAGUCGUUCUACUAUGGCUCCAAGCCGCCGCCCAGCGACUCCGUCUGGGAGGCCAUGGAGAAGAACCACUUCGAGACCAAAAUCUACGACCGCGCCGCCAGCGGCCGCGAGAAGGAGGUCGACGGCUCCAUGGGCGCCGACAUUUCUGGCAUCGCCUCGGACCUGUCUGCGCGCGCCGACAUGGAGGCCCAGAUGGAGGCCAAGUACCGCAUCGAGGCCUACGAGCACCGCAACCGCAUCAACCUCACCACCUUCAUCUGCAUUACCGGCGACCGCGACAUGAUGCCCGCCAUCCUCAAGGCCCUCAAGUCGGGCAUCUGCGUCGAGUUGUGGGCCUGGAAGCACGCCCUCUCCAAGGACUUUGUCAAGCUCGAGACCGCCACCGACAAGCAGCCCCUGGCCUCGCUGUUCUCCGUCAACUACCUCGACGGCGUCUUUGCCGACAUCUUCUUCACCAACUACUUCUCGACCCGCCGCGGCCGUGGGACCGUCGACCCGGCCAAGUCGGUCGUUCUGUGCGACUUUGUGCCGGCCUGGUACGAGCAGUUUAUGCUCAGCCCCGCCGGCGCCGGCGGGGCUGCCAACGACCCCGUGGACGGGCCCUGGCCGGGGCCCCUGGGCAAGGACGAGUCCCGCAAGGGCGGCCCCAGCCCGCUGGAAAAGGCCGUCUGCGACAAGCUCAUGCUGCUGGGCAAGGUUUUUUACAUCACACGGGACGAGCCCACGGCCACGGCGCCGGCGACUGCCGCGCCGCCCACGCUGUUCAUCGAGUUCUCGCGCGUCCCCAACAACCACAUCGAGCCCGUGCUCCUCAAGGUGCGCACGUCGUUCCGCGGCAUCGCCACGGUCCUGUCGUGGCCCGUCUACGCCGGCCGGACCAAUCGCAAGACGAUGCCCACGGCCGAGAUGAGCAACAUGUACGCGCCCCUGAGCGGCGACGAUGCGCACGUGCAAGAGCUGGAUGCAGACGACGACGAUGUGGGGGACGUGGGGGACGUGGGGGAUGCCGGGGACGCCGAGGAGGCCGAGGAGGCCGACGAGGGGACGACUGGGGUGGACGUCAACGCCGAGACGGUCGACGGCACAGCGGAGGCGAUCGCGGACACCAGCACCGACGGCACCGACGGCACGCCCUCCGAGGACGGCUGGCAGACCGUCUCCCAUUUCGACCGCGCUGAGUCCCACCGCCGCAACCGCAACCGCACACAGCGCUGCCGGUACGGCAUCCACUGCUACAAGCGCGGCCAAUGCGGCUCCGUCCACACCAACAUGGAGCACAACCUCUUCCAAGAGUUUCCCUGGCUGAACUUCAAGCGCUGGCGCUCCGAGCCCUGCCGCUUCGGCGACGCCUGCGCCAGCGGCCGGCGGUGUGCCUAUGCCCAUUCGGCCAGCGAGGCGUGGUGCAUGAACUGCCACAUCAUGGGGCAUUAUUCAAGCGACUGCAAGCACUGA